GAAGGCGCAGAUUUGCUUCAACGAGUCUCUGCGUUCGCUCCAGCAGCAUCAGGACUUGCUCAAGCGCGACGAGGCGGAGGCGUGCGAGGACCUAAAGGAGACAGGCCUGCUCCAGGCCGUGCAGCUCUACAACCUCAUGUACGGCGGCAAGGCGCUCGCCAUGGGCAUCACCCAACAAGUGCAGAUCAUGACGCAGAAGCAGGACGCGGUGUUCCAGCGGCUGACAAGCUUCGCAGUGUGGGUGCAGAACUGCACGAAGCACUGCGAGACGGUCGAGCGCGAGACGCGGGAGAGCCGUGA